AUGGGUGGAGAUCCUCAUUUCACCCCUACCCCGGCUACAAAGACCCUCCCAGUUCUUGCGGAGCGCCCGGUCGGCCAACGCAUCACAAAGAUCUACACCGACCGGCUGAAGCAGUUCACAGCAAAAGGCCAAUAUGAAGGACAGAACCUUCUCUCCAAAUUCUUCGAAGCUACCAACUCCGACGAAGAGCAUGUCAAGCUAUCAGUCUAUUCAGUCCCCAACCUCGAACGACCCACCUUCAAGGAAGCAACAUCGCAUGAAUUUACGCCAACCAAUAUCGGAGCUUCAUUUGGUCCCAGUUGGUCUACGCAUUGGUUUCGGAUCAAACUGACUGUGCCCGAGGACAUGCGCAAAAAGGAAAGACUGGAGUUUCACUGGGAUGCCAACAAUGAGGGAAUGGUGUGGACAGAGGAUGGCCGCCCGCUGCAAGGUUUGACUGGUGGUGGGGAACGUAUCGAAUGGAUCAUCCCCGAUGCAUGGCGUGAUGGAAAGGAGCAUAUGUUUUACAUUGAAAUGGCCUGCAAUGGCAUGUUUGGAAAUGCCCCGGGGGGCGACUCGAUUCAACCGCCGAGACCCGACAAAACAUACCAACUAAGUAAGGCACAAAUAACCGCCGUGAAUCUCGCAGCACGGGCGCUUUUCUACGAUUUCUGGAUAAUUGGCGAUGCUGCUCGUGAGUUCCCUAGUGACUCCUGGGAAGCACAUGAGGCGAAUGUGGUCGGAAAUGCCAUCAUCGACGCUUUCACGAAAGGCGAUAGAAGUCAGCAGUCUAUCCUCGAGGGUAGAAAAAUCGCGCAACAGUACCUCGGCGACAAGGUCGAUUCGUCGGAUGUUUACAAGGCAGACACGAAUCCCUUUGUAUAUGCUAUCGGUCAUUGUCACAUUGAUACUUGCUGGCUGUGGCCCUGGGCAGAGACUAAGAGAAAGGUCGCACGUUCCUGGUCCAAUCAAUGCGACUUGAUGGAUCGCUACCCAGAACACCGAUUUGCCUGCUCCCAGGCCCAGCAAUUCAAAUGGCUGCAGCAGUAUUACCCGACCGUUUUUGACCGUGUGAAGCGAUGGGUGCGAAAGGGCAACUUCCAGCCGAUCGGUGGUAGCUGGGUUGAACAUGACACCAACAUGCCGAGUGGAGAGUCUCUAGUCAGGCAGUUCCUCUAUGGCCAACGAUUUUUCGAAAGUAACUUCGGGAAACGAGCCACGACUUUCUGGUUGCCAGAUACAUUUGGUUACUCUACCCAGAUCCCCCAGAUCUGCCGCCUAGCCGGAAUGAGUCGCUUCUUUACCCAAAAGUUGAGUUGGAACAAUAUCAACACCUUCCCUCACACUACCUUCCAGUGGGUUGCAUUGGAUGGCAGUCAAGUAAUGUGCCAUAUGGCCCCCGCAGAGACAUAUACCGCUGAAGCUCACUUUGGUGAUCUUAAACGCAGUGUCACGCAGCACAAAUCAUUAGAUACUGACAAGUCCUCUCUGCUCGUUUUCGGUAAGGGAGAUGGGGGUGGCGGACCCACUUUCGAACACCUCGAGAAGCUUCGUCGCUGCCGGGGUCUCAGUGAUAAAAUCGGUACCCUUCCCCGAGUCAAGAUGGGAGAUUCUGUUGACGACUUCUUCGACAAGCUGGAAGCGACUGCUGCUAGCGGGACUGAAUUUGCGACAUGGUAUGGAGAGCUAUACUUUGAGCUCCACCGCGGUACCUAUACUACUCAGGCAAACAAUAAACGCAACAACCGAAAGUCUGAAUUCAUGCUUCGCGAGAUCGAGUUUUUGGCUACAUUGGCCACUACCAGUGGCACUGAUACAAAGUACCGGUAUCCAAAGAAGGAGCUUGAUGAGAUGUGGGAGAAUACCCUUCUUUGCCAAUUCCACGACUGCCUGCCAGGUAGUUCGAUUGAAAUGUGCUAUGAUGACUCUGACAAACUCUAUGCCGAGGUCUUCAAGGUAGGGACAAAGUUGCGUCAGGAUGCUUUAGCGGCUUUGAAUAUCACCAAGUCCACUGGAGAUCGAUCUUUCGUGGCUCUCAACACCUUACCCUGGGCCCGAUCUGAAGUGGUCAAGAUCCCUGCGUCUCUCAGUGCCCUUCAAGGCUCAAAGUAUGCGCUCGUCGAUGGCUCCACGGGUGUCAUUUCAUGUCAGCCAGUCGAUUUCAAGACCACAACUUCGGUGACCGUGACGGAAACCCAACCUGGAGCUUUCCGCCUUAAUAAUGGCAAACUCAGGGUUGACGUUCAGGAUGGCGUCAUCACCUCACUAUUUGAUGUUAAGGCUAACAGAGAAGUUGUUGCCAAGGGCGGAAAGGCUGGUCAAUUGGUAAUCUUCGAUGACAAGCCUUUGUACUGGCAAGCCUGGGAUGUCGAGGUGUUCCACAUUGAGUCACGGAAGGAACUUCCAAGUGGCAAGACAGUCAUUGCGGAGAAUGAUCCUCACCGAGUGAGCUUGGUGACAGAGACCAAGAUCAGCGAGAAGAGUUGGAUCAAGACUACCAUCAGUCUGUCGGCUUCGGUGUCCUCUGAGCCAUCCUAUAUUGAGCUUGAAAGCGAGGUAGAGUGGCAGGAGACAAUGAAGUUCCUGAAGGUUGAGUUCCCUGUAGAUGUUUCUAACACGGAGGCCUCAUAUGAAACUCAAUACGGUAUCAUUCGCCGUCCAACUCACUACAACACGAGCUGGGACAUGGCCAAGUUUGAGGUCUGCUGCCACAAAUGGGCCGAUCUUUCAGAGCACGGAUAUGGUGUUUCGGUCCUCAACGACUCCAAGUACGGAUUCGCUACAUGCGGCAGCCUAAUGCGUCUGUCGCUACUCCGUGCUCCAAAGGCCCCAGAUGCCCAUGCAGAUAUGGGCCGCCAUCGUAUUCGCUAUGCCAUUCUCCCUCACUCCGGUGCGCUUGAUGAUCGUACGAUUCGUGCUGGUUACAACUUCAACCACCCUCUUGCCGUCGAGCAAGCUAGUGCUGAUGCCGUACGCAACACUGAUUUCCAGGCUGUUUCACUCAAGGGAGCAAAAUCCAUCAUCUUGGAUGCUGUCAAACGUGGCGAGGAUGAUGAGGAUGUUUCCACUGGCGGUAUACCUGCUCGCAGUGGGAAGAGUAUUAUUUUGCGUGCUUAUGAGUCUCUUGGCGGCAAAGCUCGUGCAUCUAUCCAGAGCACCUUGCCCGUCAAGCGUGUCUGGAAAUGCAAUGUCCUCGAGGAUGACGAAGAGGAAUUGAAGUUACAGAAGACGAGCAAUGGCAUCACGGUGAACAUUGAGCUCAGAGCAUUCGAGAUCGCUACUUUCCGAUUGCAGCUGUAA